AUGUCCACACAAUGCAACCGCUUCGUGCAGAACGCCUGGAAGAAGGAACUCUGUUCGAAUUGCUUCAAGCCGCGGGAGGAGCACGCAUCGCCGGGCGAGACGCUCAGGCUGAACAUCGGCAGAGCUCUGAACUUCGUCAAGACUGAUAAUGUUAAGAUACAGGGUAUUCUUCGCGGCAAACCGGCCGGCCAGAAGGACCAGAAAAAGAAGACGGUCGCGUUCCCGGAAUGCCUGACGCAGGUGAUCGGCUACGGGGGCGACGACUUCUUCUCCGACGGGGAGGAGGACGAUCGGGAUUUCGCCGAGUCGUCCAGCGGGGACGACGACACCGUGCCCGACAGCGAGGAGGAUCGUGCUUUGGGCAACCUGACGCGCGCCAACACGAACUUCAACACGAUCACAGCGAACCUGACGCAGUCCGUACCCGUGAAGGAGGCGGUCAAACCAGCGUCAACGACGAGAUCCUUCGCGUCUUUGAUGUUAGGCAGAAUGCAGAAGGACUCCGAGGGCAAGAAGACGACACUGCUGGUCUCUGUGACGCCUUUUGGCGGCGACGAGUCCCUACCGACCGCUAAGAGGCCCGUCGACAAGAAGAUCAACGGAUUCGUCAAUGGUUUCUCGAGCCCUUCCAAGUACAAAAUCGCGGAGAACGGUGAUAAAUCUGAGACGACGCUGAAGAGCCCGAAGAAACCGGACGUCGAGGCGAAGAAGGACGAGCCGAAGGAUCAGAAGCACUCCCCGGGCAUAGAGAUGAUCGUGGACCUACCGUUGAUCACGUCGAGUAAUUUAAUUUCCGUUAUCCAACGGAACGAGCCAACGGAGCCCGACGACGCAAAGGACAAACCAUCCGUGGAUAGGUGUCUGGACGUUAGUAAAUCGGACAGGAGAGCCCCUAGCGUCCCUCGGAGUCAAGCGAUCAAGAAGCCAGAGAACGAGAAGUCAAAGGUUCCAGUACUGGUCUCUCAGACGGGGACAAAGAUCGAUUUCGAUGUCGCUGGUAGACCAGCGAGAAGGUCACCUGAGAUUUAUGGCUCGAAGAGUGACGGUUUGGACAAGGGUAUCGAGUUGACAUUGACGCCUUUGAUAAAGAACGACGUCGACGAGGAGGCGGAGAGCGACAGAUCGAUGAUCGUUCGAGGGAAAAAUAUUGCCAAGGUCACGUUGCCCCGUAACGAGGAUUCGCCGCGUAAAAUGGACGUCGAGCGCGCGGAGAAAAAGUUCAGCUUCGAGGAGAGUCGCGAGCUGGCUGGCGAACCAGAUGGAAAGGCUGACGAGGAGGAGAUCACGGAACCACCGGCGCUACCCAGAAGCCCACCGCCAUCUGUAGAAGCCAGGCCACCGGUUCAAGGAGAGACCAGCAAACCGAUCGUGAAUACCGAGCCUAGACCGUCGUUCCUGCAUGGAGCGGUGAGCCCUGAGUCGAAGGUGAAACCUGUCGUACCUCAGAAACCGAUCAGUUUCUCGGGGAAGAUGGGAGUUGGUGGCGUUAUUGAAGGGAAUCUGACGAAGAAGAGCUACCAACAGCUGCCGUUGGUUCAGAGUGCUGGAGGCAGACCUGCUCCGAGUGCAGGUGCUAGCCGUCCCCCGCAUCAGGAGCAGAUAAUCAGUUCACGGCCGUCUGGCAAAGACAAGACCGAGGAACUUCCAACUGUGGAUCAAUCUCACGGCGCAUCCACCGACAGUAUCCCGAAAGCUACAGAGAACACGGCGAAUCAGAUUUCAACGUUGCAAAACGCAACCCCGUCGAUGCAUCAGGAGUUCGAAUCCGUUUCGAGAUCAGCUUCCGAGUCAACGGUGCCGAAAACGUCACCAGGAGCGAAGUCGAAGUUGGCGCCUUUGAUCGGGACCAAGAGUCAAACCGCGGAGGUGGCAGAUACCGAGAACACAGAGGUCGACGAAGAAAUUGCUGAUGGUCAAGUUCCAGUGACUGGAUCGAUACGGUCCCCUAACAAGAGAAGAAUGGCUCCCAAGCCACCUACCACAGAAACCAUGGAGGAACUGUUGCCAACGUCUACCCUGUUCGCCAGGAAUCCGAUCACGACCUUCAAGUCCGACUCGCCGGUCGUUCGAGAGAAAGAGAAGAGGGAACGCGCCCAGAGCUCGGACCCAGCCGCCAGGAGGACGAUAUCCCUGUCCCAGGAUAGUCUGACCACUGGGCCAGAGGUGAGGGAGGAGAAGAAAAGGGGAAGGUCGCGUUUCUCCUUGAAGAGGUUCCUGAGAAUGGGCUCCAGGAAGGAUGUGGACAUGAUCAACGGGCACGCGUCGAACGCGAGAACUGAUGAGAUCCCGUCGACCCCGCAGCCCAAACCUCGACUGGAGAUCAUUCAUCCGCUCGAAUUAGAUGGCGCUGCGGUCGAGGUAGUGGGGAACGACCGGAUCAGCAGGAUAGGCGAAGACCAACCGGACUUCUGUGGUCCCAGGAACGACACUGGGAGAGCAACUCGAUCGCCUUUAUCCGCGGGAUCCUCCCAUGUCGCCGUGAGACCCGGGAAACCACCACCACCGCCGCGGAACCAGUCUCUGGAGGAUUGGUCGAGGCUGGAUCCAGCUAGUAAACCGGUCAGACCGCCGCCGCCACGCAUCGAGACCAAGCAGCUGCCAGCUAGAAGCGAGAAAACGUCCACGAAAUCGUCUUCGUCGACCAGCUCGUCAACGUCCUCCACCUCCUCGUCGUCGUCGUCCUGGCAGCCAGCGGCCUCGACGACCUCAGACUCGAUUUACGCGAAUCUGGCAGCGGAGGAUGUUACAGGUGAGGUGCGCAGCGCGUUGGCGCCGUCGAAACCCCAAAGAACCGCCAGCAUGAGGGACCAGGCGACCUCCCAGCCGAUCGUCAAGAAACACGGCUCGUCCAGCCCGGCCCUUAAUCAGGAUUACGAGGCGGUCGCGGUCACCGCGGCAACCACGUCCGAUUCCCUGACGUCCAACGACAGUCAUGUUUACGAGUGCCUCUCGAGCUCGCCGGAGUGCGACUCGAAUCUAGAGCUGCGACACGGUGGCGUAUCUCAUCUCAGCUGCAAGAGGAAAUCCGACAGCAACGCGAUGGAACCCGGGACGGAAUUCAAAUUUCAUCAUCAGACGUUCGUCAGAUCGACCUCGCUACCGUAUUGCGGCAGCGAGACCGAGAGCGAGCUGUACGCCCCGUACGGUUUUUAUACGGGCGAUGAGGGCCCUGAGGAUGAUCAGGACUGGAAGAGCAAGGACGACGAAUUAAGGAUAAGCCGAUUGAGGCAACGCCGGGGACGGAGUAUAGUUCAUCGGAGCCUCGAGGAUAAUUACGGCGCGGUGGUGGUCGCGAAUCACGAAGCUCUGGCACAGUUUCUUGAACAGCUGAAUCAGACCCACCAAGUGGCAACAGGGCUGCGUGGCCUGAAGACCACGAAUCCCCGUAUAAGUCACUUCAGCAUCGACACCGUCACGCCGAUCACCGUAGGCAGACGAAUAUUUUACUCGGCUACGUGGAACGAGCUGAACGUCACGCUUUGCGUCGCCUACGAUCUGGCCGCGCACGUGUCGAGGAGGGAAUUUUAUUUGGCGCCCAUAAUCGAGUUUAUAGACACGGUGCCGAAGGAAGUUACCGGCAGAACGUGUCCGCCUGGAAACAAGCAGCUCGAAGCGACCAUAUCCGUGCUGCCGCGACUGCAAGUGAGCACAGUCCAAUCGUUCGGCGCUGGGACGAAAGACAUGCACGACGAGGGGAUCGUCAGGGAAGCCUCGUUUGUGCUCCUCCAGUUCGUCACCGCGCUGAAGAGCCUGCAGGCACGCGGAAUCGAAGACUCCCCGAGAAGCCUGAGCAACGUGGUCCUCUGCCGGGAGGAAAGAGAAGCCUACUACAGACUCUAUCUUCUCCAAGGGUUGAACGUGGAGACGAACGGGGAACGUGGGGAAGAGAGGGUCUCGUUGUGCCAGUGCGCGCUGGUUGCGCUUCACCAGCUGAACCUGUCGAGCAGGCUGCCGUUGGUGCAGGAACUGCUCAUGAGAGAGAAAGCAGUCACCUUGUCUCAGGUAAAGUCGAUCCUGGAGUUUUCUCUGUGGGGUCCAGCGGACGUGACACUCGGGGGUGCGCGUGAAAGGGAGGUCACCCUUCAAAGAUGGCUCGAUCUCGAGAGGGCGAACGUUCUCCACGCGCUGGUCAGGACCAGAUCACCCCUGACAGUCACGGACGAGUACCAAUUGUUAUUCCUGGUUCGAACCAGCGCGAAAAUUAUGGGCGAAGCGUCGUUGCUGUUGGACGAGCAACGAACCCGCUUGGCUCGAGCCCGUUAA